AUGUGCGAAGUGGUAAAGGGUAAAAGUCUUAAACAACUGCAAGGAAGUGUGGUGCAAGCAGCUAUCUUCGAAGCCAUUAAACAAGGGAAUGUUGAGUUUGGUUAUGAGAUGUUUAAAGCUAAUCCAGUACUGGUUAGUCUCACUGGUGAAAAUGGGAAGACUAUGCUUCAGUUUGCCAUUGAAUGUCGUCAAGAAAAAGUCUAUUUCUUUUUCUAUAGACUGACCCGAAUAGCGCCUGAUUUGUUAGUGACAAUAGAUCAGUUUAGCAAUACGUUGCUACAUGCAGCAGCGAGUCUAUCCCCAAUUGCACAGCUUAAUCAUAUCCAAGGUGCUGCGUUGCAAAUGCAGAGAGAAUUACAAUGGUUCAAGGAGAUUGAAAACAUUGUACCUCCCAAGAUUCUUGAGGUUGUAAAUGUUACAGAUGGCAUGACAGCACGUGAUUUAUUUACUAAGAACCACAAAGAGUUGGCGAAAGAAGGAGAAAGAUCAAUGAAAGAGACAGCAACUUCUUGUACGGUUGCAGGUGCGCUUAUCAUUACCAUCAUGUUUACUGCAGCAUUCACAGUUCCAGGUGGAAACAACGGAAAUACAGGCUUGCCCUUUUUCUUAGAUAAAAAGUUGUUUAAGGUGUUUAUAGUUUCUGAUGCCCUAUCACUCUUUUCUUCCACGACUUCUGUAAUGACAUUUUUGGGAGUCCUCACCUCACGCUAUGCCGAAGCUGAUUUCCUUGAAUCAUUGCCAAAGAAAAUGAUUAUAGGCCUUUUCACCCUCUUUUUCUCCAUAGCCACCAUGAUGAUUGCGUUUGUUUCUACCCUUUUUAUUAUGUUGGGUGAAAAUUCAUGGAUUGUGAUUCCAAUCAUUUUACUUGCUAGUGCUCCAAUCGUCUCCUUUGCAUGGAUGCAAUUUCCCCUCCUUGUUGAGAUCUUCAUUUCUACUUAUGGAGCGGGAAUAUUUGCCAAAAAAGGCAAACCUUUGGUAUUUUCAGACUUCAUUUGA